GGCAAGUGGCAUCUGGGGCUCUUCAAGGAAUGGGCCCUGCCCACCUCGCGAGGUUUUGACGAUCAGUAUGGGUACUAUUUGGGCGGGGAAGAUUACUACAACCACACUCGCAAUGGAGGCUUGGACUGGCACCGCAACAGGCAGCUUGUGACCAACGAGUCUGGUAUCUACAGCGCGGGGCUGCUCGGCGAGGCAGCGGCUCAAUGGAUCAGCCAAGGCCCCAACACGCUAGAUGACGCAGAGGCGCAACCAUGGUUCUUGUACAUGGCAUUUCAAUCGGUUCAUGCACCUCUCCAGGCCCCGCAGAAAUACCUCGACCGGUUUCCAAACCUGACAGGCAGCGUGCAGGUCCGCAACGCCAUGGUAGCAGCCUUGGACGAUCAAGUUGGCCGCCUGUACGACACGCUCAACGCCACGGGUCAGCUGGACAACACGGUGAUUGUCUUUCUUUCCGACAAUGGAGGGUGGGUUGACAGACUUGAUGGACUCGCCUGCUUGCUUUGCCUACCCCUGUCCGCAGGCUGGAAGCACUGGGUGUUUGAGGGCGGCGUGCGCUCUGCUGCGUUUGUUUGGAGUCGACAACUGACCAACCCGGGCAGCGUUCACCACGGCUUGUUUCACUCAGUGGAUUGGUUGCCAACGUUAGCCCGGUUGGCAGGAGCAGAUACAUCGGCCAACUUGCCGCUGGAUGGUUUGGAUAUCUGGGAUGCGCUGCAGGCGGGG